AUGAGCGUUGGCUCCAGGGAUAGUUUAAGAAUUAAAUUUGUGGCCAACGGCCAGCUGCUCACACAUAUACUGGGCAGUGAGGGCCCGGAAAUAGAUCGUAACGUCCUCAACGCUGUGCUGCUUGAGACGACUUCAUGUUUGGUUCCUCUAGUUUCGAAGCUCCUGCUACUCAUGAAACAGAAAGGUUUCCGGCUGACAGUGUCAUCUGUCCAUGCAUUCUUAUCUAGUCCAUGCACAUGUCGCCCAAUCCAUCAAAAUACUGACGUUGAUUUCCAAGCCAUUGUGCACUCGCCGGAGUCACCGUAUCGAAUUAUGUUGUCAGAGCUGACCAGGAACUGCUGUGAAGAGGGGCAGUGCUGGUUCAGGUCGCCCAGGAUGACGGAUUUGUGUAUGAGUGCCAUUGAAGCAGGACUUCAUUUCCUUGUGCUUAUGCUGCUCCAUCUCGGCGUGCACGAAUUAUUCCUUGGGGCUCAUGUCCUCACAUUGGGGCUCAUGUCCUCACAGGGGCUCAUGUCCUCCAUUGUUUACCGUUAUGCUCCGAGGUGGAAGCUUCGGACUCCUACGCCUUCUGGGUCUCGUUGCGAUGACGAAAUGAGGCAGCUGGAAUAUCGCUAUAGUGUAGAAAACGUAAUGGCUCGUUUAAAUCAAACAACGCCGCUGCGGUCGCUGAAGGAGCUGUGUCGCCUCUCCAUCCGCGCCUCCCUCGGCCACUGCAGGAUUGAAGAGAAGACGGAAGGCUUGCGAGACGUGUUGCCAGCUCCUCUUAGAGAAUACCUUUACUUCCGCCACGACUUCCUCAUCUUCCCGAGUAUUUCUCAACUUCCAGAGGAAGAUGAGUACUUCGUAUCGUGACUCAUUUUGCCUGGGACCGUUGAUACGGUGACUCGUUUUGCAUGACACCGUUGAUAGGGUGACUAGUCUUGCCUGAGACUGUUGAUACGGUACAUUUCAAUUGAUGAUUAUUCACUGAUGCAGCGUCGAACCCAAAAUUCAAAACUAAACGUAUCAAAAUUUUAAUUUGACCCAUAAAUGAACAUUAAGGUGAAUGAAACAAGACGGAGUCUUAUCUAUCAUCAGCGAAACCCCAAAGAGACAAUAAAGAUAACAUUCCCAUAUCACAACAAUAUUUGGUUUGGUAUCUUUAAUGGAAAUAUUUCUAGCUACGUCAACGACACCAAUUUUUCAUUAAAACUUCGGAAGAUGUUUUGUAGGGCUACGUCUACGGCUACGCUGAUGCGACUACGUCGUCAACUGCCUGAGGCACGUCUUUGCUACUGAGGCCCAGGAGCAAUAGAACUAACGCUCAUCUGUCCUCAGUUGGGGGAGCUGAUGCGAGAUUAUUUUGGUGACAAUAGUGGGACAGAGGCGGACGUCAGGGAUUGUGCUCAAAUAUACGUUAACGAUUCCUUGUCAGACGAAUGUGGGAUUUAGACUGUUCUUGUGGUGGUAUUGACGCCUAGUGAUUUCUUCUGGAUUUUAUCAAGCUUUCAAUUUCAAAUAUUUUUUCACGUUCUUUUUCUUGUAAUUUCACGUAAACAGCGCAACAAAUUUAUUUUCUGUGGGCGCUUCCGCAUCUAUUUCUUGUCCAAGUUUAGAGUUUUUUUCCGGAAAUCGCGCAGCUGUCGUUCAAUAAUGUCACAUUGUUGAUGGUAUUUCUGUUGCCAUUAAUCAUUUAGAAAAGAAUAACAUCUACGACGGAUAAUGUAUUCUUAGACAGAGCGCGAUAUUUUUGCUACAAUAAACCACAAGAUCUAUAGAUCCAGACCCAACCUUUCUCUUUCCUUAUUCAGUACAUUCCUUAUUUGCUUUCUAUACUGAAUACUUUUGAAUACUGUCGCUCGGCUGGUAGUUCAGUUUAAUAGGCUAAAAACGAAGUUUAAUAAGAAAAAUCGAGUCUUUCCGGUGAUCCUCAUUAAAAGCUCCUAAGUUAAUUGUUACUGCGACUUGAAAUCGACAAGGUGGCUAAGUGGUUACAGUUGAGAGUACUAAAAUUGUUGCAGUGUGUUGCGGGUUCGAUCCCAGCUUGUUAUGACAGUCCUAAUCAAAACGUGAGCGUCAGAAAAACUAUAUUUGACCAACGAAUUUCGUUGGAUCGUGACCAGCAUCGUUUCAAAAAUAAGUAUCAGCGAUUCAAUGGGCAGCGCGUUGGUUAUAGCAAUCGUGUUCACGACACGAUCGUUCUUCAAAUAUUUUUCUUACAGGUUU